AAAAAAACGAAGAUAUUAUAAUCGAAUGAUAUAAACUAGCGUUGAUUGUUCAUACACGUUUUUUUAAUCCAGGAAUGUCUAGACUCUAGGGUAUGAUGAAUUUUAGAGGCAAGGGACAAUAAUUGGAAGUAACCAUUAUAAAAUUGCCACGUGGAGCCAGUAGAAUCAUAAGAUAGAUAAGCCUGAAAACAAAACAUACAAUCCUGUAAAAACCAGAAGCACCAAACUUUGGAGCAUCCAUUUCGAUUUCUUAUUUGCAAGAAUCAAAAUUCAAAACCCUCACGAUGUCAAUAGCAUCAUCUCACCAAACCUUCUUCACCAACGCCCUCCUCUCUACCCCCCACAAAUCAACCAAAAUCCCCAAAAAAUCAAUCAUCAUCUUGUGUAAUAAAUCCCCCAAAUCUCCAUCACAAAACCCCACAGAGUCAUCUUCAUCCAGAGUUAAUGACAAUAAUCAACUGGCGAAGCUUGCUUUGGUAACAAUGGCAGCUGGGGUCUUAACACUUGGGUCAAUCGAUCCAGCUUUCGCAGCAAAAUCCGGCGGCCGUGUCGGUGGUCAGGCGUUCCGUUCCGCCCCAAGUCAAUCGGCCCCUCGUUCAUCUUCACCAAGAAUCAAUAACUCAAGAACCAAUAUUUACAUCAACCCACGGGUUGCGCCACCACUGGUCGGUGGAUAUGGUUAUGGGUAUGGUGGUUGGGGGUGGUCGCCGUUUUCGUACUUUGCACCUGGGCCUAGUGUGGCUGUUGGAGUCGGCGGUGGGUUUGAUACCUUGGUGUUGUUUAUACUUCUUGGUGCUGCGGCAGCUGUCGUUAGAAGGUUCUUUAGAUCCAGGAAUGAUUAUGAUGAUGAAGAUUAAUUACUAGUAAUUUUUUGUGUAGAAGAACACACUUAAAUGCAUGAUAUAUUUUUAGAUGUAUAGAUAUCACUUGAUAAACUUGACGUGGAUAUGAAUAUAUAUGAGUCUUUGUUUUGGUUUAAUGUGGAAGAAACAAUUAAAUAAAUGUUUUUUUAGGGUUUCCUCAAAAUAGAUUGCUUGUAUCUCUUCAAAUCUUUGAGAUGAAUAUAACAUCGAAAACGAGAAAGAAGUAUAUAAGCCAC